UCAUUGGACAAAAUAAAUCGAGGCGAGCAUUCGGCAGCGAAGUCACCAAGUCAGUACUCCGCAGCCAAUACGUUUUUCUUUUCCGCCUUCGAGUUUCUGAGAGCUCAGUCGCAAUCACUGUGAAAGCUCUCGCGCCUUGCUAUUACCGUGCAUUCUCACCGAUAUAUCGGGGCAGCACAGACAGCACCAAUUCUACCAUUGGACGGUGGCGAUAGGUAUUGAAUGAGAUUUGGAGUAUUUGCCCUGCAAAUUAUUGGAACAAGCCGUUGGCGUGAUGGGGUCGUUAGAGGCUGAGCACAGGCACAGGGAACAUCUACCAGCGCUGGGUUAUCUUGGUAAAGACGGACCCAGCUACGCUCCGAAGCACCCUGGUAUAGCAACAGCACAUACGUCAUCGCCAACACCACUGUUAAGUCCAACCACCAUGUAUCCAGGCCAACCCUUACCUGUCUCCUACACUACAUCGACUGGUUCUGGUCAUUUGCAAGCUGGAUACAUAUCACCCCCGGAUUCGCGCCGCGCGCUUGAGGAGGAGAAGGACAAACAGCAGCAACAGCCUCAGAGGCAAUCGCUUCCGUCAAUCCAUGAGGCUCUAGGGAAUGACAACCAUUUACCAUACCCUGCGCCGACUCCGGCUCCACAGCAAGCUCAUCACGCGCCACCUCAUUCCUUACCUCCUAACAUUGUCGGGCGGCCAGCCACUGAGGGACCUCCAGGGCCGCCGAAUCCCUUUUCGAGCGGAGCAGCAACUGGCCCUUUCGUGCGGGAACCUGCUUUUCAGCACCAACUGCAAGCAGAAGCCUCAAGGUCGAGCUUGACAUCGAUCAACACCCAAGAUUCGAGAAACGCGUCCUUGCAAUCACUUAAUUCCGGAAAAUCACCUACUCAAAGUGCAAAGACCGGCAUUACUUCGAUUUCCGGAUCCCAAGUUGGCUCUGGUUAUGAGUUCAGCGCGCCUCCUUCUGCUGGCAGUGUGGCCUCGCCUAAUGGUUAUGGUGCGUUUUCACAAUCAUUCUCAUUUCAGCCGCAGCCCCCAUCAAAUGCACCAGCGUAUCCCUCAGCUUCUUAUGAUGCUCGAACCUAUGGGGGGACAUCUUGGAAACCUGGUGUACCAGAAACUGCUCGCGUGGACGAUGUAAAACCGGGUCUAGCGACCCGUCCAGCCAUUGCGGGGCAACCACAAAGCGAUUCUGUCAAACGUCACCUGGAUAUUUACGAUGUGGAGACAUCCCUGAAUGAGAUUGCCGAGAUGAGCACAAGAACCUUGGAUUUUUCCAGGCACUAUGCGGCAAGGGCACACCACACUCAGCGGUCUGGCCCUGUAUUGGGUUCCCUGCCCUCGAUCCACGAAGUUGAGGAGAUGCUCAAUAUACAGCGUCGUAAUCAGGAUGCUUUGAUUCGCAUACGGACAGCAAUUUUGAACCAGGAACAUGCCAUGGCAGAACAGAUGGCUCAAAGAAAGGCUUUCAAAGCCGGUGGGGUACAUGACGAUGUCCACCACAUGGCAAUGUACCAGGAGGAAUACAAGGGCAGUGGCGGGUUCGCUGGCCCCGAUUCCAAAAAACGACGAGGGAAAGCUGCCCCUCCCGGUCGUUGCCACAGUUGCAACCGAGCCGAAACGCCGGAAUGGCGCCGUGGACCCGACGGUGCCCGGACCUUGUGUAAUGCGUGCGGCCUGCACUAUGCAAAAUUAACUCGGAAGAUGGGCGCGAACAAGGCAUCCUCGUUGGGUUCAAAUCUGAAACCCAAAACUGCCUUGGACUCCGCAUCACCGAGUAGCCAUUAACUUAUUAGCCUGUUCAUUUAUGUGGCGUUGGAAACGGCAUGGGACUAGAAGUGUCAGGCGUUUUGAGU